GCAGCAUUAACUAGCCUAUGAUCAUAUUUAUAUAUAACACUGCAUUGGGUGAGGAGCAGAUUAACAAUUCAUUCCUUCUUCAUCAAAAAUAGCAUUAGCUAUAGUUUGAGAAAAGUCGAGAUUCUCGAAAUGGGAGCUCUUCCCAUUCUGACGACUAGGUCCCUUUUUGGGUUUUGUGUGACAUUGCUAGUUAUUCAAUACUUAACAUCGUUCUGUUACUGUGCGGAUGUUGGUCGUAAGUCUGUUCAGGUUGUCGGUGUUGCGACAUGUUCUGACUGCACUCAGUCUAAUCUCUUAAGUACUCAUGCACUCUCAGGACUAAGAGUAACGAUUGACUGCAAGGUUUCAAAGAAAGGAGACCUACAAACAAGAGGAGAAGGUAAGCUUGAUGAGCAAGGAAACUUCAAGGUGAUACUUCCAAGUGAGAUCUUGAAAGAAGGUUCAUCAGAGUUGAAGGAAGAAUGCUUUGCACAACUUCACAGUGCAUCAAAUGCACUUUGCUAUACACAGCAUGGCAUAGAAGCUGCAAAACUUACCCUCCAAUCCAAUGAUGUUCAACAAGGAAAACACACAUUUAGUACCACUGGGAAAAUAGCUAUCUCACCUAUUACAUGCCAAUCAGCUUUCUUCUGGCCUCAAUAUAAAUACCCACCACUACCAACGCUUCCUCCUCACCCAUGGUUCAAGAAAGAUCAUCCAUGGUUCAAGAAGAAACCCUUGUUACCAAAGUACAAAUUGCCUCACUUUCCUCCAUUGACCAGUUACUUCCCUCCACACCCACCAAAGGAAAUUCCCCCUCUUCAUCCUCCUGUGUAUGAAAAGGCUCCACCAGUGCCAGUACCAACACCAGUAGUCCCGGUAUACAAACCACCAGUACCAGCACCAACACCAGUAGUCCCAGUAUACAAACCACCAGUACCGGCACCAACACCAGCAUACAAACCACCUGUACCAGCACCAACACCAGUAUACAAACCACCUGUACCAGCACCAACACCAGUAGUCCCAGUAUACAAACCUAAACCCAAGCCUUGCCCUCCAAAGUCGGAACCAAAAACUCCAUCCGUACCAGCACCGGUUGCCCCGGUAUACAAGCCUCCAACUGUGCCAGAACACAAGCCUAAGAAGAAGCCUUGCCCUCCAAAGUCUGAACCAAAAACUCCAUCUGUACCAGCACCAGUUACCCCAGUAUACAAGCCUCCACCUGUACCUGAACCAGAACACAAGCCUAAGAAAAAGCCUUGCCCUCCAAAGUCUGAACCAAAGGUUAAGACUCCAUCACCAAAGCCUACACCAGUCCCAGUAUAUACACCAAAGCCUCAACCUCCCCCUAUGCCUGUGCCUGUCCCUGUCAUCCCUACGCCUACUGUUGAACCUCCACCAGUGUACACUCCAACUCCUACUACCACUCCAGCUGUACCAUACUUGCCUGCUCCUCAUCCAAUCUUUAACAAGCCACCAUGUCCUCCAUUCCCUAAACUACCUCCAUUCCCAAAGAUUCCCCCAAAGUACCUCCAUCCUAUCCACAAAUUACCCUCAAUCCCACCAAAGUUCUUACAUCCCAAAAUCCCAAAGAAAUUCUUGCAUAUGCCCAAAAUCGCAAAGAAAUUCUUCCACCACCCUAAGUAUGGUAAAUGGCAUCCUAAUCCACCUUACACUUCCCAUCCUUAAAAUCAUUUUCCGCCCCCAUUUCCCCUCCCAAAAUUGUGAGUAAAAACCUAGUGACUGGUUUGUAUUUUAAGUUCUACUUUAUUUUCAUUUACAUGUAUUAUCUUGUUUGAAGUUAUUUAUUUGAGAUAUCUUAAAACUGUAUUAAUCAAGGAAAUAUUGUACUAUUGUUUAUUUAUGCAUUAAAAGGACUUCAUUUGGAAGACAUAAAAAAUGAGCUUGUAUGGGUAGCCGAUUGAAAAUGAAGUUUCACUCUCUCA